UGUGGUGCAUAUAUAUGCGUGUGAGAGUGAGAGUGAGAAAGAGAAAAAGCGUCUCACAUCACAAUGUCUUGUACGUUUCUUCCACCAUGUGCCUAUCCACUAGCACCUGCAAAUCUUCUGGCCCCAAAAAUACCAAGAACAAGACCAUCGUUUCCUUGUCGAUUAUCUAUGGAGAAACAGCAGCUAAUUAGAGGGUCCAAACUCAUGGAAUUCCCAUACCUAACUGACCCACAUAGGGAUACCAUGGUGGACCUCAUCUCAGCCAUGGAGAAUCGCCUUGGUUCUCAUCAUCUUCUUCCUUCUUCGGUCCCUCCUGACGUUGAACACUACCAAAAUGAGACUGGCACUUCUCAAGGCACUCUUCACAUUAGAUGCGGCAUCGACUCCUCUCCUAUUGAUUUCGUACUAGCAAGUUGGCUUCACUUGGAGCAACCAACCGGUGGUGCCUUGGACAUAACCAACAUCGCUGGCUACCUCAAGUCAUCAACAGACGUGCCCCACUUCCAAUUCGAGCUUGUGAAAUGCAGCCCCACAUUUCUUAUACUCUUCCUCGACUUGAUUCCUCGCAAAGACACUGUUUUCAGUCCAGACUACCUCAAAACCUAUUAUGAAGAUACCCAACUCGAAAAAUUCAGGCAACGACUCGACCAACUCCCUGAGGUUCAACCCUACUUCUCGUCGUCCCUAUAUUUUCGUCGCGUGGUAUCGCCUACUGGAAUCGUGGUUAGCAUAAAAUGUGAGGAUGGUGCUGGACCAGAACUUGUGGAAGAAAUUAUACGUGAACAUGUUCGUCCCAUAUCGAAUGACAUUAUGAGAAUUUGGAUUGAUAUGUGUGUUGGUGAGGGUGUGGAGGUAGGGGAAACUGAGAGAGCAGUAUUGGAAAAGAGGGAUAGCUUGAUUAAAAGCAAGGCGAUAGAGAUGGACUUGAGCUCUAGCAUGCCCAAGCAAUUUGGACAAGAAGUGGCAGAUCGAGUCUUGCGAGUUAUAAAAAGUGUCUACAACGUAUGAUGUACUUUUAACACUUGCUGUCUUAUAAAUUAUUCACUCGAUUGAAUAUGUAAAUACUCUAUAUUUAUCUUUGUGUAAUGCACCAAUUUUCUCAUGAA